AUGUCACCUCAGGAGCUUGCUGCACUGCUCUGCAAAGAAGGGGACCACCAUCUUGCCCAGCAGGAGUUACCAAUAGCCACUGCUUUCUACGUGGCUGCCUUCAGCUGCAGUGCCUCCACAGCAGUACAGAAAGUGAACUCCUUGGACAAAGGGCUCUGGGAGAAAGUGAUAGCCACUCUGGAGAUGUGGUGCAAAGGCAAGAAUCAGAUUCCCAAGAUCCAGAGCAAGAACUUGGCUGUUGUCUCCCUCAGUGUGGGAAUAGCUGCCAUCUUUCUCUCCACCUUAAGUCCCAACAAUGUGGUAUCCUCAGUGUAUAAACUGGAGACCCUGCUCAGGCGAGGAUGCUCAGAGGAGGUGGUGAGUAAAUGCAAUACCCUGCUCAAGGCUAACCCAAAGUACUCAAUGGAACUGCUGCUGCUGAGGGCGUUGGCAUGCGUGCUGUCAGGGACACAAGGGAAGGGAGUUGCAGACUAUAUCCAAGCCUUUGUGAUGCAUCGGGCUGAGGCAGUGGCCUAUGUGUGUACUAGGCAAAGGGAAUACCUGCCACGGGUCAUCCAGGCCUUCUCUAAUUGUCUCGCAACAUUUCAGAAAGAAAGCCCAGACUGCAGUUCCUUGGACCAGUGGCUGGGCAACUGCUAUGACUUCCUGUCUGCAGUGGCACCGGAUGAUAUCUGGGUUUGCAGGGCGCAGGCAGCUUACCUCUUUAAGAAAAGCAAAUUUGAGGAGUGUGUGGCAGUUUGUAGCAAGGCCCUCAAGGGCUUCUCAGCUGAUAAUAAUCUCAGAGAUGAAAAACCUUUGGGUCUGCUAUUGGAACGGGCUGCUGCAUAUUUCUUCUUGGGUGGACGGAUGCAGGAAAUGAUGCAGGAUUUAGCAGAAGCCUUUGCAGCAACCCCUGCCCAGGCAAUGAGACACUUUGAAGAGCUUUUCUCACCACGUGACACUGAGAGGAUAGAAGAACAGGCUAGAACUGUCCUGGAGGUGAAGUUUGCAGCAUACAGGGAGGCUGUGCGUACUCGGACUGAACUCAGAGGCAAUCAUGGUACUGAACUGCUCCCUUCUGUCAUCCAGACAGUCCAGUUCCUCCUUCAGAUCUCCCCAGGGUCCAAACGUGAGCUCAGUGUUCGGCUAGCAGACUGCCAUCUCCUGCACGGACACAUCAGAACUGCCCUGGAUAUCUGUGACCACCUCUUGGCAGCAGAGCAGAAAACUUACUGCAAUACUCUCUUAGCAUUGCGAGGAUUCUGCUCCCUCCACACUCAUGACCAUCAGCAAGCUCUGCAGGACUUUCAAAAGGUCAUUGAGCAUGAUUCCCCACAUCCUAACAGCUGUAUUAAAGCCUUAUGUGGGCGGGGACUUAUCCGGAUUUCUGGUGGCAGCCAUUACUUGACAGCCCUGGAUUAUAUCACAGCUUGCCAGUUAAAGCUGGAAGAAACCACCUUCACAAUCAAGUCCUAUGUGCCAUGGAACCAAAGAGGACUGCUGCUAAAAGUUCUUCAAGAAGAAGGACAGAAGAUGCUCCAGAAGCAGAGAGAUGCCCCUGGGGUUUACCAGCUGGCUUCCCUGUUGGUGGAGCUGGACGCUUCUGAUGAAGCAUCACGGAUCCUUUGUGCUGAUGCCCUGUACCAGAUGGGCUGUGUAGAAGAAGCUCACAAGCUCCUCUUACUCGCACUCUCAGGAAAUCGACAAAGCUCUCCCAUCCUGGCUAGACUCGCGCUUCUGCAGUUGAAGAAAGGUUUCAUGUAUGAUGGCGACCAGCUGCUAAAGAAAGUGAUCAGAAUUGGAGAUACCUCCUGCCUCCUGACAAUCAUGGACGUUUUCAAAGAUGAAGACCGGAAGUUGAUGCAAACUCACUGCCAUUUCAGAGCACUGACCAUCUUGAAGGACAAACAGGAGGAUGCUGACAUCAAAGAGGCCAUUGCUUACCUUUCCUUUGCCAUCAUUGCUUCAGGUGGUUAUGCUGAAGAUUGCCUUCUCAUCAGGGCUCGAUGUUAUGGGCGCCUUGGUCAGAAGAAAACUGCUAUUUUUGAUUAUAAUGCCAUCCUAAAGGAGGACCCUAAGAACGUGCAAGCUCUGAGUGGACGAGGAUUCAUUUACCUUACUCUGAAGCAGCAGAAGGAGGCAGUACAAGAUUUGAUCUCGGCACUGAAAGUGGAGGCCGGAGCAGUGAUCCCAGCAAUCCUGUCUUUAAAGCCUGAAGCCCAAGGGUUGAUCACUCAAUGGCUUCUUCAGCAUGGCAGGACUGCGUUAACUGAGCUUGUUGCUACUAAAGACCUUUCAAAAGAAGAAACCCUCAGGGAUCUUCUCAUGAUUGCAAAAGCACUAAUUAAAAUUUGCAAGGAUGCACAAUAUCACAUCUUCUACAUAGAUGUUUUGAUUGCAAAUGGUAAGUAUGAAGAGGCCCUUGAUCACCUUCAGGACGCAUUUGGCCACUCUCUUGCUGAUGAUUUUGCUAGUGCAAGACUAGCUGUGCUGCAGCUGAAGAGGAGGAACGUGCCAGUGGCAGCUCACUCAUUCAGCAUCCUAGCUAAGAAAGAUGAAAGAGAAUUGGGGUUUCUCCUGAACUUUGUAGACGCUAAGCAACAGCAGCAUCUCUCUCAGGUAGCAGCCCAAGAAGGAAAUGUGUUGGUUAAAGAACAUCACUAUGAGAAGGCUCUUGGUUAUUACACCCUGGCUAUCUUGACAAGCAAAGAUAAUCCAAGGUAUCUCCGACAGAGAGCCACUUGCCUUACACACCUGAAAAAAUAUGACAAAGCUUUAGAAGAUAUGGAGAAAGUGAUCCAGAAGCAUGGCUGUAACAGUCUUAAAACACGCGUUGAGGACCAUUGCUCAAAAGGACACCUGCUACUGUCAGUGUCUGAGGAGGAAGCAGCAGUUCAGCAGUAUAUUGAGGCGCUGCAGUUAGACGAAUCUAUAGCAUUGUGCAGCAUCAUGAAUGGCCCUGGCAGUGAAAUUUUAACCAAAACAUUUCAUAAGAUUGCACAAUAUAAUUUUGAAAUGCAGCAUUAUGAAGAGGCCUGGAAAAUCACAGACUAUGGUCUUAAAAUUGAUAAAAAUACUGAACUUAAAAAGCUGAAAACAAGACUUAAGCGAGAGGCAUCAAGCUGCAGCAUACAUUAA